AUGGCUGCCAACUUCAUCCUUAUAGGGGAUGAACUGUAUAAGAAGGUAUUUGUAGGUUCAUAUCUCAAGUGUCUUUCUCCAUCUGAAGCUGAUUAUGCUCUACGAGAAGUUCAUUCUGGAAUAUGUGGGGAGCAUCUUGGUGGCAGGGUUUUCACAUCAUUCUGCAAGGAUCUUCACAUUCAGUUGGAGCACACUGCUGUGGCGCAUCCCCAAACAAAUGAACAAACAAAGGUGACGAAUCGUACUGUACUCAAAAGAUUGAAAACUCGACUUGAGAAGGCUGGGGAGCAAUGGGUAGAAGAGCUGCAUAAUGUCCUUUGGGCCUAUCGCACAACCGCGCGAACUCCAACCAAGGAAACUCCAUAUAACUUGUGUUUUGGCACUGAGACUGCUAUCUCAGUUGAUAUCAGAGUUCCGAACCCGCGACUUAAGACUUUCAACUCAUAUAACAAUGAGAAAAAACUCUGA